AUGUGGAGUAUGAAAUUGCACAACAGACCGUCUCUGCCGUUCGAAUUUCAGGGAGAGGCUCUGAACCCCGUCGCUGAGGAGUUACAGGUGGUUUGUGUAAAGACAGGCAAGAAAUUGCGCAGCCAUCUCACGCCAACUGGACUACUCUUCUCCACUGUAUCCGACGAUGCACCCAGUUUCCAAGACUUCUUCCCAGAGCUCGAGGAGCUACUCGGCAAAGUUGAUUUCAGGAAGCUGCCGCACCGGCGGAGCAUCAAAUACGAAGGACAGUUCAACUGGAAGACCAUGGUCGAUGGAUAUCAAGAAUGUCUACACUGCCAGUACACGCACCCCUCGUUUUCCGUCUACUAUCCCCCGACCUUUUACACGGUGCGCAACAAGCACAAUUUCUCGCAGCAUAUCGCUGACCCGAAGAAACCGGACGAUGGUCUCUUCCUAUACUUCUUCCCCAACUGUACGCUGAAUGUCUAUGGGGGUGGCAUGUCCUCGUUCAGAGUGUGUCCGACCGCUGACCCGCAGGUUACCCGGAUGGAGUUUGAUUACUAUCAUCUGGAAUCUGGGGACAAGUUUGAAGAGUACUUCAAGUUUGUGCGUCAGGUUGCGAUGGAAGACUUUGAACUCUGCGAGAAAGCUCAGAGUAAUCUGACUAGAGGGGUUUAUCAUGAGGGGAUCCUGAACCCGGAGAAGGAGAACGGUGUCUCUUACUAUCAGCAACGUGUGUUUGAUAUGGUCUGCGAACAACAUGAGUCUGACAAGAAAGCGAAGGUAGCCAAUAGGUCUGGAUUGAGAGGGCAUACUGCAUCCUCUAUUGCACAGAUGGAAGCGAAGAUUCAGACGGAGAGACCAACAUAUCGGUCAGCGGAACAGCUGCAGACAGGAAAUUUCAACCUAAUCGGAUCCUUCUUCCCAGCCUCGCUACUUGUAGCUCUAGCGACAAUCAUCUUUCUUCUCCGAGUAUGGCCCCGACUUUCUCAUACGAAGAUCCCCAAAACAUCACCUGCAAUCAAACCCCCAAAUCCAACCCCAACAGUCUCUAAAGAACCAGACAUCCCAGAAGGAUGGUGGGCCAGUCGAAAUAUCUUCGAACUCGAACGCCGCGCACUUUUCAGUCAAACAUGGCUGUAUGUCGCCCACAGCGCACAAUUCACUAAAGCCGGCGCAUAUCAAUCAUUCGAUCUAGCCGGCUUUCCAAUCUUCCUCAUUCGCGGUAAGGACGGCAAGAUCCGCGCUUUCCAUAACGUCUGUCGACAUCGCGCGUAUACUAUUACCAGGAAGGAGAGUGGUGCGUCGACGGUGCUGGGGUGUCGAUAUCAUGGUUGGAGUUAUGAUACUACGGGGAGACUGGUGAAAGCCCCGCAGUUUGAUGGGGUCCCCGGGUUUGAGAAGGAGCGGAAUGGUUUGUUUGAGGUUCAUACUCAGACGGAGAAGGGGUUGGUUUUUGUGAAUCUGGUUUCUGGGGAGCCGGCUGCGUUUGACGACAUGGGCGUCACUGGGAUGGGGGGAGCUAGGUGGGUUGCUGGUCAGACUUUGAUGGGGGUUUUUAAUUGGAAGGUCGGGGCCCUUGCGAGAGCUCAUCACUUUGAUGUCUUUGCCAACCUAAAUCACGGAGUAUCUGGAGUAUUCAGGUCAUUUGUCAAGAAGCUUGCCGUACCUCUGCGAAGAAGCACUCGAAAAGAAUGUUUCUUGUAUCCAACUACAUUCUUCUAUUCGUUAGAAGAUGGCUUGUCCCUGGCUAUGUCCUUUUUCCCAGCUUCCCAGUCAAAAACACACGUUCGCUACGACCUCUUCUCUUGCUCCAAUGUGAGUGAAUCUGAGGCACAGAGGUUGUCCGAGGUGUUACAGAGCGCGGUGAAGAAGCUGGUUGGAGAGUUGGAGACUGAUUAUCAAUCUAUAUUGGACAAGCAAGAAUUACCAAGCGAGUUCGAUAGCACAGUCUCUCGUCAAAUCUUGAGUCGACUGCAAGAGCAUACGAAGCUCGAAAGGGCCGAAGGAGGUCAGAUCCUCCCAGCCAUGCACAAGCCGAAGGGAAGCACACUCUUCCAGCAAGCAGAUCAAUUGUGUAAAGAGCUAGACUGUCUUGGUGGAGAUGCUUCAGGUGCGCUGGACUGGUAA